AUGAGCGCCACGACGACAGUAACCCAGACUCAGACUAUUACGGCAGAGAACGUCGUGACGCUCUUCCCGGACGUCGACACUUCUCUGGCCCGCUCCGUCCUGCCCUCCCCCAACAGCAAUGUGCGAUCUGUCCGCGAUGGCGGGGAGCUCGAAGGGUACGAUGAGGAGCAGAUUCGCCUGAUGGACGAGGUCUGCAUCGUCCUGGAUAAUGAUGACAAGCCGAUUGGUAGCGCGAGCAAGAAGACUUGCCACCUGAUGACCAACAUUGACAAAGGCCUCCUGCACCGCGCCUUCUCCGUCUUCCUCUUCGACUCCAACAAGCGCCUGCUUCUCCAGCAGCGCGCCUCGGAGAAGAUCACCUUCCCGGACAUGUGGACGAACACGUGCUGCUCGCACCCGCUGGGGGUAGCAGGUGAAACUGGCGCGGAGCUCGAGGCGGCUAUCAUGGGCGUGAAGCGAGCUGCGCAACGGAAACUAAACCACGAGCUGGGCAUCAAGGCGGAGCAGGUGCCGUUGGAGAAAUUCGAGUUCCUGACCCGGAUCCACUACAAGGCGGCCAGCGAUGGGAAAUGGGGCGAACAUGAGAUUGACUACAUCCUCUUCAUCCAAGCGGAUGUCGAUCUCAACGUCAACCCGAACGAGGUGCGCGACACCAAAUACGUCACCGCCGACGAGCUCAAGCAGAUGUUCCGGCAACCCGACCUGAAAUUCACGCCCUGGUUCAAGCUCAUCUGCGAGACCAUGCUGUUCGAGUGGUGGAGCCACUUUGGCACCCCGACAUUCGACAAGUUCAAGGAAGAGAAGCAGAUCAGGCGCAUGCUGUGA